AUGGCUCCUAACGACGUGUCUCACCGUCGUACCCAUAACUUGCUCCUCAUAUCAAAGCUGCUUAACCUCCGGGAGGGCGCUGCGCCGUUAACACUUGUUCAAGACUCGCUGGAGCAAUCAGCCGCACCGCUGUUGAAGGAAUACAUUAGACGGACCAAACUAUCAAAAGGACAUGUAACCUUCGUCUCCUUCGAUACGUUGACCCGUCCUGCGGGGGUCGAUACAUUCAUAACCACCACUGGAAAGGCAUAUGAGCAGGUCGCAGAGGAGGUGGUAGGGUCUUAUGCUGCCUCUCAGCCUGCAGGGAGCCAGAGCAUCGCUCCUAAAAGAUGCCUCGUGAUAGUCGAUUCGGUACACCCGUUGCUUUCCCCCAGAGCUGGUGCAGACCCUGUUUAUCUGCCUGAAUACCUGAGCUCACUGUUGGGGUCUCCGUCGCCUCAUAUGCAAGUCUCUCUUGUUCUGGUUUAUCACCGUCACAUACCGUCUUCAUCCAGCUCGAAUCCAUAUGCGCCAUCACCACUCUGCCUGUUGACAUAUUUAGCCACCACGAUAAUCACCACACACUCAAUAUCUCAGAUGCUUGCUCGCAAGGCAGCUAUGGACAGGAGUCUGCCGCCUCCGGCAUUUGGGCUGGAGGAAGAAGUUGAUGGUGUUCUAAUCGGAAGAGUAAACCAACAAUCAAAGGCGGAGAAACAAGACGGAAUUGUCCUGGAAAUGGAACAUAGACGAAAGAGCGGACGCGGCAUAGUCGAGUGGUACUUUCUACCACAUGCAUCUAAAUACCCCGCCAAACAGGCCACAGAAGUGACCAUACUGCUUGAUGACCACCCUCUGUAUAAACGGAAGGACACAGACAUGCACGAGGAGCCCUGGGAGCCCGAGUCAACCUUUGAACUUGGCUUAACAGAUAGACAGCGGAGAGACAGGGAUAACGUGGUGCUGCCUUAUUUCGACGCCCAGAAGGGUGAUGGACCGGGAGAAGGUGGGCGUAUCCUCUAUGACAUGGGCGAAGAAGACGAUUUCGACGAAGAAGAGGACGAAAUCUGA